GAUUCUGAUCGCUUGUGAAUGUGAAAACAGCUACCCGUGCGUUUCUUUUCCGCAGUUCCUCAUCCUGGCAUUCGCUUCUCCUCGACCCUCGCUCCCGCGCUAGAUCUCUACGCCGCUUGCCGAUCAGAGCUUGCAUAUUGAAUCACCACAUUAUGUCGGACAUAAAAGCAACUGAUCCCAAUGAGCUAGUGCAUGAAGAUAAAAUUGUAGCUGAAGAGCAGGUUGAGGGGGAUGCCUCUCAGGAAGGUUCAGAAAUGGUGGAGCCAAAUGAGGGGAAUGCUAUGCCAUCCUCUGAACAAGAGGAGGAAGUGAUCAAGAAGAAAUAUGGGGGGAUUAUACCCAAAAAACCACCACUUAUAUCCAAGGAUCAUGAGCGAGCUUUCUUUGACUCUGCUGAUUGGGCUUUAGGAAAGCAAGGAGUUGCAAAGCCAAAGGGACCUCUUGAGGCACUCAGGCCUAAAUUGCAGCCCACUCAGCAGCAAGUGCGCUCCCGCCGCUCAGCUUAUGCGUCAACCGAGACCGAUGAGGCAGAGAAUGCAGCUCCUGAGGAUGCGGCCAACAAAGAAUAAUUUCACAUUUGAGGACAUGAUCAGAUGAUGACUUUUGAUGUGCGGCCUGUUAUUCUUGUUGUUUCUCCUAUUGAAGGUGUGACUGGUUCAUCUUAAUAAGGAGACAAUUGAGGUUACUUGACUUACCAGCAUGCCGAGGUUAUUCCCGUCUUCUUUCUUGAACUUGGAGAGUGUAAUUUUUCAAAGGAGGAUUGUGUAUUUAUUGUGGAUGUUCAGCUUAUUUCCAUACAUGUCAUGAACUCAGAAAUUAUUGCAUUUCCUUUGUUUUAAAGAGUAUUUUCUAAAAUGAAUCCA